UGGAUGCUUGUUAUAUAAAAAGGACCCGAACCCUCAGAAUCGAUCUCUUAUUAGUGUGCCUGAGGGACGCUGGUUAAAAUCUGGAUGCUGUGUGCAACUUUGUGACCCGUUAGAGCUCAGGUGCAUUCAGACCAGAAGCAGCGGUAAGGAUGGGAGGUGGAAGCCAGCAGACGGUGCCAGGAGAGCCGGACAGCGGGAAAGCUAAAGGUGUUUACACCUGGGAGGAGGUGCAGAGCCACUGCAGCAGGAAUGAUCAAUGGCUGGUCAUCGAUCGAAAGGUUUACAACAUCACUCAGUGGGCCAAAAGGCAUCCGGGAGGGUUUCAAGUCAUCAGCUACUAUGCUGGAGAGGAUGCCACGGAAGCAUUCACUGCUUUUCAUCCUGAUCCUAAGUUUGUGCAAAAGUUUCUGAAGCCACUGCUGAUCGGAGAGUUGGCAACGACUGAGCCGAGCCAGGACCGAGACAAAAAUGCAGCCAUCGUGCAGGAUUUUGAAGCAUUACGAGCUCGGGUGGAGAAAAGGGGUCUGUUUCGAGCUCAGCCUUUGUUUUUCUUCCUCCACCUCAGUCACAUCCUGCUGCUAGAAGCCCUCGGAUGGCUGACCGUCUGGAUGUGGGGCACAGGCUGGAUACAAACACUUGUGUGCUCUGUGUUUCUCGCAACCGCUCAGGCACAGGCUGGAUGGCUGCAGCAUGACUUCGGUCACCUGUCUGUCUUCAAAAAGUCCAGCUGGAAUCACCUCGCCCACAAGUUUGUCAUUGGUCAUUUAAAGGGAGCUUCUUCCAACUGGUGGAAUCACCGACAUUUCAGGCAUCACGCUAAACCCAACAUCUUCAUUAAGGACCCGGAUAUCAACACGUUGCACCUCUUCGUACUUGGCCGAACUCAACCAGUGGAAUACGGGAUAAAGAAGAUCAAACACAUGCCUUACAAUCGUCAACACAAGUACUUCUUUCUUGUGGGACCACCGCUGAUCAUUCCAGUUUUCUUCAACAUUCAUGUAAUGCAGACCAUGGUAUCCCGGCGUGACUUGGUGGAUCUGGCUUGGUUCAUCUCAUUCUACCUUCGCUUCUUCUCCUCUUAUAUACCCCUGUAUGGCCUAGUUGGCUCAUUGGUGCUCAUAAGCAUAGUCAGGUUUUUGGAGAGUCACUGGUUUGUGUGGGUGACUCAGAUGAAUCACAUACCGAUGGACAUCGAUCAUGAAAAGCACAAGGACUGGCUGACCAUGCAGUUACAAUCCACCUGUAAUAUUGAGCAGUCCUUCUUCAACGACUGGUUCAGUGGACACCUCAACUUUCAAAUCGAGCACCACUUGUUUCCAAUGAUGCCGCGGCACAACUACCACCUGGUGGCCCCACAGGUCCGUGAGCUCUGCGAAAAACACGGGAUUCCGUACCAAGAAAAAACUUUGUGGCGAGGCUUCGCUGAUAUUGUCACGUCACUGAAAACCUCAGGGGACCUCUGGCUCGAUGCAUAUCUCCAUAAAUGAAAGACUGUAUUUUCCUCCACUGGUGUAAAAAAAGUGUUUUUCUCUUUUUCAACAAAAAUCGACUGUAUCUGUUUGAGUCAAUGCUGUGGGAAAGAUCCCUCUUAUUGUUGUAACAAAGUCUUUGUUUGGUUUAUAGAUGAUGGGGUUUUCCUAAGUUGCCUUAACAGUAUCUUGAUCAGCAGCAAUGUGAUGAUAACACAGCUCUAAAACCUACCUGUGACUUAUUAUUAGCAUUAGCAUCACCAGAUGUAAAAGAAAACUAUCUGAAUGAUUAGACACAAUCAUUUAUAUAAACUACAAAACCUUUGUAAACUGUUUGUUAUCGUUUGUGAAACUACUUUAAAUGAAUGUAACUGCUUUGUAACAUGCUGUGCUCUUUCUAUAGAGAAACCAUUACACUGCAAUACCACAUGAAUAAUUUCACUGAGACCAAUAAAUCAAACUAAAAACUCUC